GACGUAACAGCAGCGCAGGGGAAUAACACACGGCGAGACGGUGUUCAGGAGCGGACGGCUAAAAGAUGGCAGACCGUGCACUGCUGGAGAAAAAGACAUAAGAUUAUGUACCCGGAGGCGCCUCUUCUGCUGUGAAGGCUUCGACGUUUUUCUUCAGGAUUAACAACACCCCCAAAUGAACUCCGUCAGAGCAAGCAACGUUAGCAGAAGACCCAGGCGAGUGUCGAGGCCGCGCCCGGUGCAGCCGGAGAGGAACCACCAGGAAAGAGAUGAGGACGUUGCUGCAGAUAUGGUCGCAGAAGAAUCCGGUCCAGGAGCUCAGAAUAGUCCCUACCAACUUAGAAGAAAGUCUCUACCCAAGAGAACAGUGUGUCCGACGAAGACAAACAUGGAGGGUGCUUCCACUUCCACCACAGAGAACUUUGGGCACCGACCUAAGCGCCCCAGAGUUUCGGGAAAAUGUCAAGACUUACCAGCAGCUCCGGCAGAGCAGUAUUUGCAGGAGAAGCUUCCAGACGAGGUGGUGCUGAAGAUCUUCUCGUACCUGUUGGAGCAGGACCUUUGCCGCGCCGCGUGUGUGUGCAAACGCUUCAGUGAGCUGGCCAAUGACCCCAUCCUCUGGAAGAGGCUGUACAUGGAAGUGUUUGAAUACACACGACCCAUGAUGCACCCCGAGGCAGGGAAGUUUUACCAGAUAAACCCAGAAGAGUACGAGCAGCCGAACCCGUGGAAGGAGAGUUUUCAGCAGCUGUAUAAAGGAGCACACGUGAAGCCGGGCUUUGCAGAGCACUUCUACAGUAAUCCUGCCAGAUACAAAGGGAGAGAUAACAUGUUUUACUAUGACACCAUCGAGGACGCUCUGGGAGGCGGUCAGGAGCCUCACUUUGACGGCCUCAUAUUCGUCCACUCUGGUAUCUACACAGACGAAUGGAUCUACAUCGAGUCGCCCAUCACCAUGAUCGGAGCUGCUCCUGGAAAAGUAGCAGAGAAGGUCAUCAUUGAAAACACCCGAGACUCGACGUUUGUGUUCAUGGAGGGUUCUGAAGAUGCUUAUGUGGGAUACAUGACCAUCAGGUUCAAUCCUGACGAUAAAUCCGCUCAGCACCACAACGCACACCACUGCUUGGAGAUCACGGUCAACUGCAGCCCCAUCAUCGACCACUGCAUCAUACGCAGCACGUGUACAGUGGGCUCAGCGGUGUGCGUCAGCGGCCAGGGUGCUUGUCCCACGAUCAAGCACUGUAACAUUAGCGACUGUGAAAAUGUCGGCCUUUACAUCACGGACCACGCACAGGGAAUCUAUGAAGACAACGAGAUCUCAAACAACGCGCUGGCUGGGAUCUGGGUGAAAAACCACGGCAACCCCAUCAUCCGACGUAAUCACAUCCACCAUGGGAGAGACGUGGGUGUUUUCACGUUCGACCACGGCAUGGGUUACUUUGAAAGCUGUAACAUCCACCGGAAUCGCAUCGCCGGCUUCGAGGUGAAGGCGUACGCCAAUCCGACCGUGGUCAGGUGCGAGAUCCAUCACGGGCAGACGGGGGGCAUCUACGUGCACGAGAAAGGCCGAGGCCAGUUCAUCGAAAACAAGAUCUAUGCAAAUAACUUUGCCGGCGUCUGGAUAACGUCUAACAGUGACCCCACGAUAAGGGGCAACGCAAUUUUUAACGGCAACCAAGGCGGCGUUUACAUUUUCGGCGACGGCCGAGGCCUCAUCGAGGGAAACGACAUCUACGGGAACGCGCUGGCAGGAAUCCAGAUCAGGACGAACAGCUGCCCCAUCGUCAGACACAACAAGAUCCAUGACGGCCAGCAUGGGGGCAUUUACGUGCAUGAAAAGGGGCAGGGCGUCAUAGAGGAGAACGAGGUGUACAGCAACACGCUAGCGGGCGUGUGGGUGACGACGGGCAGUACGCCAGUGCUGCGGAGGAACAGGAUACACAGCGGGAAGCAGGUUGGGGUCUACUUCUACGACAAUGGCCAUGGCGUCCUGGAAGACAAUGACAUCUACAAUCACAUGUACUCUGGAGUUCAAAUUAGGACCGGCAGCAAUCCCAAGAUCCGGCGGAAUAAGAUCUGGGGAGGUCAGAACGGAGGCAUUUUGGUUUACAACUCAGGCUUAGGCUUCAUCGAGGACAACGAGAUCUUUGACAACGCCAUGGCAGGAGUGUGGAUAAAGACGGACAGUAACCCGACUCUGCGGAGGAAUAAGAUCCACGACGGGCGAGACGGAGGCAUCUGUAUAUUCAACGGAGGAAGAGGUUUGUUAGAGGAAAACGACAUCUUCAGAAACGCCCAAGCAGGAGUCCUCAUCAGCACCAACAGUCACCCCGUCCUGAGGAAAAACAGGAUAUUUGACGGCUUCGCUGCAGGUAUUGAGAUCACCAAUCACGCCACAGCGACUCUCGAGGGCAAUCAGAUCUUCAACAAUCGCUUCGGGGGAUUGUUUCUAGCAUCGGGUGUCAACGUCACAAUGAAAGAUAAUAAAAUAAUGAACAAUCAGGAUGCCAUUGAGAAGGCUGUGAGCAGAGGUCAGUGCCUGUACAAGAUUUCAAGUUACACCAGCUACCCAAUGCACGAUUUUUACAGGUGUCACACCUGUAACACGACAGACCGCAACGCCAUCUGUGUGAACUGCAUCAAGAAGUGUCACCAAGGACACGACGUGGAGUUCAUCAGACACGAUAGAUUCUUCUGUGACUGUGGUGCCGGGACGCUGUCGAAUCCCUGCACGUUAGCGGGAGAGCCGACUCACGACACGGACACACUGUAUGACUCGGCUCCUCCUAUAGAGUCCAACACGCUGCAGCACAACUGAGCCCCACAAACCCCCCCCCUCCCCCCGGUUUGUGCUUCUGCAGCAACGGACACGAGACACUUUACGCUGUGCAGCGGAGGAAAUCCAGAUUCACUUUCUCAGAGCGGACACAGGGACUUUAAGAAGACAUGGAUAUGCUAACAGGAGACAUUAAGAGAAGACAACAAGGUGAUUAAGGAUGCCUCGCUUUUUCUUUUUUUGGUUAUUUGAACAAAAAAAAAAGACAACAGCAGGGGGGCGGAGCCGGACGAGCAGCUGACUCAGGGUUUGUGGGUGUGUUUGUUUUGUGAGUGAAAAACCGCCGAGAGACGGACGAAAAGCUGCCGAGGCUCGUCUGCUUUUAGAGAGAGAAAAAAAAAGGAGGAAGAUCCCCGCAGUCAUGUACAGCCCCAUCGUGGACGGACGCUCAGAAGUCAAAACAACUUUAUUCAUAUGAGGCCGCAAAAAAAGAAACGGCCCCCGAAAUUCAACAAUGCUUCCAUCACUGAGCAAAACCAACGAGCUCGGACGAAAAAGUUCGAGAAAAACGACCUAGCACUUCAGCUUUUUUUUUUUCCCCCCACUUGUCCCCCUCAAACUGUUGAGAUUUGAUUUUAAAUGCUUUUUGUGUAGUUUUGUAUUUUCAUGCAAAAAUCUUACUGUACUUGAAUGUCUUUAUUUUAUUAAAUGUGUUUCAUUUGUUUUGUUAUCAUA